AGACACACACAGACAGUUCAAUGAGCUCUUUGUGGGGGGUUGAGGUAUGCAGUGAAAGUGUUUGUGUGUGUGCAUGAGAGGGAGAGAGUUUCCUUGUUCUGUUAGUGGAUUCAUCAGGACAGGGCACAACUCUGGAGGAUCAACUUAAAGGUUUGUGUGAAUUACGACAGAAAAAGCAGAGCGUGUAAAACAAGAAGAGGACACAAAUCUGAGAGGGGAAAGAAGGGCAAUGCUCAGUGAGUGGUUUUGGUGGGAUCGGCUGUGGUUGCCGAGGCCGGUGAUGUGGGCGGACCUACAGGACAGUGAGGGGCGUGUCUACGCCCGUGCAUCCCAUUUGUACACCACUCUACCUGUAGCAGUCCUGCUGCUAGGCUUAAGAGCUUUAUAUGAAAGGCUGAUAGCGGUGCCAGUCGCUGAGGCUCUUGGGGUAAAAGACAAAAUUCGCAUGAGAGUGUCACACAACCCCAUACUGGAAAAAUACUACAAAACCCACUCUAAAAAUCCAACACAGGCAGAUAUAAAAGGUGUGUGUAAAAAGGUGGGCUGGUCGGAAAGGCAGGUGGAGCGCUGGUUCCGCAAACGGAGGAACCAAGACAGACCCGGACUACUGAAGAAAUUCAAAGAAGCCAGUUGGCGGUUUGCCUUUUAUCUGUGUUCAUCUUUCGGGGGAGUGCUGGCUUUAUAUGAUAAACCGUGGUUUUAUGAUCUACGAGAAGUGUGGGCAGGAUUUCCCAAACAAUCACUGCUGGACUCUCAGUACUGGUAUUAUAUCAUUGAGAUGAGUUUUUAUGGUUCUUUACUGUUCAGUGUGGCUGCAGAUGUAAAACGUAAGGACUUUAAGGAGCAGCUGGUCCAUCACUGGGCCACACUAACACUGCUGUCCUUCUCUUGGUGUGCAAACUACAUUCGCAUUGGCACACUGGUCAUGCUGGUGCAUGACACAUCGGAUGUCCUACUCGAGUCUGCUAAGAUGUUCAACUAUGCUGGAUGGGAGACGACCUGCAACAGUAUCUUUGUGGUGUUCGCUCUGGUCUUCAUGGUGACAAGACUCAUUAUCUUCCCCUUCUGGUUGAUCCACUGCACGUGGGUGUAUCCUCUGGACCAGUUUGAACCCUUUUUCGGCUAUUAUUUCUUUAACGUCAUGCUUGUGGUGCUGCUGUUAUUGCACAUGUUCUGGGCUUCCCUGAUCCUCCGCAUGGUCAAAAAGUUUCUUUUCGGCAAACUGAAGGGCGAUGAGCGCAGCGAUGAAGAAGAGGAUGAGGAGGGUUCUGACGAAGACUACAAACACACCUACUCUAAUGGAUCUGUUAACGGACUGUCUAAUGGCCAUUGACAUGGGGAGACCUUCCACAAAUAGCUUUUUGAUGCCAAGCAUGCAUAUAUGUCCAUAUUGGACACAAUUCAUCUGUGAAUGUUCAUUUUUACAUAGCCUUUCAUAUUAAGGUUUGUAUAUGUACAGAUAUUAUAAAUGAAAUACAAAUUAUUACUCACG